GGUAGUGCGUUGUGGGCUAGUCGAGACUCGGUUGGCCGCAGAAGGCAGGCGGAGCGGAGGCAGCCAUAUUGGGCAUUAAACCCACAGAGCUGAUUGAAUAUUGAUCCUUCUCCUUCACUUAGAGGAAGAAGAAUUAGAUUGUUGCCCACUGUUCAGGUUCGACGGCUCCGGGCAUUCGAAAUUACGAAGCGGCCCAAUCUUGAAAAGAUACAAUUUCACCGCCGCUCCAUGACACGCCCACAACCUGUUUGCGAAAAUGCCUACAAGCAGUACUGCGUUUUUCCGCGUGUGAUUUUCACGACAAGCAUACGGGUACGUGAACAAAUUUCUCCCUUCUUUUCCUUCUUCAUUCAAUUUUGAGGCAAGGGAACAACCCAAUCGCAGUAUGCUUCCUUUUCGUCCUAUACAACUAUUUCACAAGCGUCGAUUCAUUCUCUUCCGGUACAUAUCGUCCAUUUCAUGUCGCGAAGCGGCAUCUGCAUCUAUUUUGAACUACACAAACUCUGAGUUUUUCGAAAAGCCACAUGUUUCCAGUAAUCCUAGCUUUAUCAGAUCUUAUUGUUCUGGAAAGAACCGUGGCAAUAGGUCUAGCGAGUGGACUGAGGAUAUAGAGUAUCUAGAUGAGUCGGGAAGUGUAAUUUUCUCUGGUAAAGGCGUGCGAUCGGUUGAACCUGGUCUCGAUGACCAUGUAAUGGUGGGCGGAAUAAAAAAGCCCUUUCUGAAUGCGUCGGCUGUUGCCAAAAUAGUUGAAGUCGUAAAGAGGUGGAAAUGGGGUCCAGAGUUGGAAUCCCAGCUCGAAAAACUACAAUUCAUUCCAAAUAUGACACACAUCACUCAGGCAUUGAAGAUUAUCGACGAUGCUGAGGCUAAUUUGAGUUUAUUUCGUUGGGCUAAGAGGCAGUCCUGGUAUUCACCAAAUGAUGAGUGCUAUGGAUUGUUGUUUGAUGGGUUGAAUCAGAGUAGAGAUUUUGAUGCGAUUCAGAUGUUGUUUGAUGAAGCUGUUCGUGAUUUAAGCGGUGAUGGUAUUGUGUCAUUCAGUGCAUAUAAUCGUGUGAUUCAGUAUUUGGCUAAAGCUGAGAAAUUGGAAGUGUCUUUCUGUUGUUUUAAGAAGAUUCAUGAUUCAGGUUUCAAAGUUGAUACCCAGACAUACAAUUCACUUAUAACCCUGUUCUUGAACAAGGGUCUGCCUUACAAGGCGUUCGAGAUUUACGAGAGCAUGGAAGGAGCAGGGUGUUCUUUGGAUGCAUCUACCUUUGAGUUGAUGGUACCAAGCUUGGCAAAAUCAGGUCGUCUCGAUGCGGCAAUGAAGCUCUUUCAACAGAUGAAAGAAAGGAACUUUCGCCCCGGCAUUAACGUUUUCACAUCCCUUGUUGAUUCGAUGGGGAAAGCUGGGAGGUUGGACACAUCAAUGAAGAUUUACAUGGAAAUGCAGCUGCUUGAGCUCAGAUUGUCUGCUUCGGUGUUUGUUUCUUUGAUUGAGUCACAUGUGAAGGCUGGGAAGUUGGAAACUGCUCUCAGGCUUUGGGAUGAGAUGAAGAGGGCAGGUUUUAGGCCCAACUUUGGUUUGUACUCGAUAGUUGUUGAGUCACAUGCCAAAUCAGGGAAACUUGAUGUUGCAAUGUCUAUCUUCACCGAAAUGGAGAAAGCUGGAUUUCUUCCCACCCCAUCUACUUAUUGCUGUCUCUUGGAAAUGCACGCUGCAUCGGGACAAGUAGAUCCCGCCAUGAAGCUCUACAACUCUAUGACUAAUGCAGGUUUGAGACUCGGGCUAAGUACGUACACUGCUUUGUUGACACUCCUGGCUAAUAAGAAGCUUAUCGAUGUUGCUGCAAAAGUUUUACUUGAAAUGAAGGCCAUGGGAUUCUCCGUUGACGUGAGCGCAAGUGAUGUAUUGAUGGUAUAUAUCAAGGAAGGUUCUGUCGAUUCUGCUUUGAGGUGGCUUCGGUUCAUGGGUUCGUCAGGGCUGAGAACUAAUAACUUUAUUCUCAGGCAAUUGUUUGAGUCAUGUAUGAAGAAAGGAAUGUAUGAAUCAGCUAAGCCUCUCUUAGAAACUUUUGUAGAUUCUGCUGCAAAAGUUGAUCUCAUACUUUACACAUCCAUUCUGGCCCAUCUUGUAAGGUGUCAAGAAGAGCAGAAUGAGAGAUAUUUGAUGUCCAUCCUCGGUGCUACCAGACAUAAGGCACACUCUUUCUUGUGUGGGCUGUUCACUGGACCAGAACAAAGGAAACAGCCAGUUUUAUCUUUUGUGAGGGAGUUCUUUCAGGGCAUCGACUACGAGCUGGAAGAGAGCAGUGCAAGAUACUUUGUCAACGUCCUCCUCAACUAUCUAAUUCUCAUGGGACAAAUAAAUCGAGCUCGAUGUAUUUGGAAAGUAGCUUAUGAGAAUAAGCUCUUUCCAAAGGCCAUAGUCUUCGAUCAACACAUCGCCUGGUCCCUCGAUGUUAGGAACUUGUCAGUCGGAGCUGCCCUUAUAGCAGUCGUGCACACUCUCCAUCGGUUCAGGAAGCGAAUGUUGUAUUACGGUAUAGUUCCAAGGCGCAUAAAAUUGGUUACAGGACCAACUUUGAAGCUUGUGGUCGCUCAAAUGUUGAGCUCUGUGGAAUCCCCAUUUGAGGUUAGUAAGGUGGUUCUGAGGGCAACAGGAGAAUCUGUGAUGGAGUGGUUCAAAAAACCGAUCGUCCAACAAUUCCUUCUGAAUGAGAUUCCAUCAAGAUCAGAUAUCCUUAUGCACAAGUUGAACACUCUGUUUCCCAGCUCUGCACCUGAAAUUAGAUCUCUUUCCCCUCCCAAACCCCUCAUUUCCAGGAAUUCAGCAUAGCUAUCAACUGCAUUCUUAGAAUAGAGAUUUGGAGACACUCUGUUUUUCUAGACAUGUAAAACAAAAUUUUUGAUGUAUAAUUGAACUGAAAGCAGAAGAAUUGCAAUGAAACCAACUAUACUUGUUGCAAUGUGAAA